GUUGAAUAAAAUGUGAGUAUGUCGGGGUGAGAGUGAGAGUUUGAUCUACGUCACGUGUAAGCUAAGUAGUGGAUACAUAUAAUAUAUGACAGCCAAGAAAAAUAAAGAACGAGAAACCGAGUAACUCUUACACAGCCCAGUUUUCACAUAAAAACAGAAUACCUUUGUUUAUAUAUGUAUGCACAAACUUUGUUAUGUGCCAAACCUUAGUCUGGAACCCAGGUGGCCUUUGUUACGCGAUUAGCAAUGGCAUCCUCUUCUUUCUUCUUCACUUUCCUAUUCCUGCUUCUCACUAUUUCCGAUUUAUUUGUGCAAACCUGUGGACUCAAUUUUGGAAUAAACUACGGGCAAAAGGCCAACAAUCUUCCAUCUCAUUCUCGUGUGGCUUCUCUCAUAAACUCUCUGAAUGUCACCAGAAUCAAACUCUAUGAUGCUGAUCCGAAUGUUCUGUCUGCAUUCUCCAAUUCAGAUGUGGAAUUCAUUAUAGGACUUGAAGACGAGAGUCUGCAGAGCAUGAGGGACCCUUCCAAGGCUCAAAACUGGAUUCAAAACCAUGUUCAGCCUUACAUUUCACAGACCAAAAUCACAUGCAUAACUGUAGGAAAUGAGGUCUUCAACUACAAUGAUACUCAGCUCUCAGCAAAUCUCCUCCCAGCAAUGCAAAGUGUGUACAAUGCCCUUGUUAGUCUUGGAUUAGCACAAGAAGUUACUGUUACAACUGCUCAUUCUUUCAACAUUUUAGCCACAUCCUUUCCUCCUUCAUCUGGUGCUUUCAGGCAAGAUCUGAUACAAUAUAUUCAGCCCCUCCUUAACUUUCAUGCUCAAAUCAAAUCACCCUUCCUCAUUAAUGCUUACCCCUUUUUUGCUUACAAGGAUAACCCCGACCAAAUUUCCUUAAGUUAUGUGCUGUUUCAGCCAAAUCCAGGGUCCACGGAUCCAUAUACCAAUUUGCAUUAUGAUAACAUGUUGUAUGCUCAAAUUGACGCUGUCUAUGCUGCCAUCAAAGCACUGGGACAUACUGAUAUUGAAGUCAGGAUUUCAGAGACUGGUUGGCCUUCUAAGGGCGACCCUGAUGAGGUUGGAGCCACACCAGAGAAUGCAGAAAUAUAUAAUAGUAAUUUGUUGAAGAGAAUAGAGCAGAAGCAAGGCACUCCUGCAAAGCCAUCAGUUCCAAUUGAUAUUUUUGUCUUUGCACUUUUCAAUGAGAAUAUGAAGACUGGUCCUCUAUCAGAGAGAAACUAUGGCCUUUAUUAUCCUGAUGGUACCCCAGUUUAUAACAUUGGAUUACAAGGCUAUCUCCCAGAAAUGGUUAUAGAGUCCAAAUCUAACGCUUUGUCCAUCAAUUUUCUCAUUUAUAUAUGUACGUGCUUGAUGCUCACUUGGGAGCUUUCAAGACAGUGAUCAGGAAUAUAACAAAAAUAACUUUAAGUAGAUCAUACUUUUAGCAAGAGAAAGUUGUUGAAGGUGAGGAAUAUGUUAAUAUUGUUCCUGAAAUUUUUAUUUGCAACUGUUGAUAUUCUUUAUUGCCAAUUACUAUUUCGGUAACUGUUGGGAUGACACAGGGUCUUGUAAAUACUGGAAACUAAAAUUAUUGCGCUGUAGAUUUUUUCUAUUCCUCCUAUGGUUACAUGCCAACUAGUUCAGCUACUGAACUUCUAAUGCAUCAAGCUUACAUUAUAAUAGCAAAUUAGCAAUCAUCACGGGCAUAAGUGAUGGGAAAUGUGGAAAAAAAAAUCAAAAGCGUUUUUGAUUCCUUCAAGUUAUUCUUUGACUUUUUGGUAGUACUAUGCCAAAUAUAUAGUAUGAAAAAUGAUAUGAUGGGAAAGUUUUGGAACCAUAGCGUGCAAAAGUUGUGCCUAAUGGUAUCCUCUUUAAGCAGAACCUGUCAAAUGCUGUCCAAUUAGUGCUUGUGCAUGCACCAAGUGGACACUCUUGCCGCUAUAACCACCCCCAGAAAGCCUUACUUUGUUCAUUAUUUUUAUUAAAGAAAUGGUGAUGGGUCUCCAUCUUCCUUAUCUCCAACUUGCAAUCAUGCCUGUGAAUCUUCCGGUGAAUAAAAUUCUUCUUGUCUUCAGCUAUACAAAAGUCCAAAUUCGGUUUAUAUCAAACGGGAAAGAAAAACCUUCAGGAUCUCUCAUGCCAGAUAACCAAACCUCGUGAUUUUUGUCCUGGGUUUUGAACCUUAUCACAGAUGGCUUCUCUUUCCACCAGUUUUCCUCCUUCUAUUCCCUGAUGAACUUUUGUAGGACCCUUUGUUUUAAAGUUAGGUAAAAUAGCAUCUCUGAUAAAAGUUGCUUGUGGGGUUCUUAAACAUGAAUCAGUUUUCAUGCUGGUUGGAAUAAUUUAAAUGACAUAUUUGUUUAUAUAAGAAAUAUUUGUUAAGAAUUGCGAGACAAUUGUAGGGCUAAUUUUAAAUUCUUUAUAAUUGCAUUAUUGAGAUAAAGUCUACUGUAGUUUUUAAAUCCCAUGUGACAUUGUAGAGUUCACCAAAAGGGUAUUAAGCAACUCUACCAUAGUUGUACUAUUGGAGAUGCUAUAAUAGAAUUAAUUUUUAACCAUUUAACCUAAUUAAAAUAUACGAGGAGGUUAAUUUCAGUUGUAGCAUUGGAAUGUCACCAACCAACCGGGGAGACUACUGUAGAAUUUUAUUAAACUUUUGAGCAAAGAGCUGAGAGAAUCUAUUUUACCAUCUCUAUCUAGGACUGAUAACUUGUGCUUAUAGAAUUAAAAUUCCUUUGUGUGAACUGUUCCAAGGUCAAAUAAGGUUUUAUGUUACAUUACAAUGUGUAGUUGCGUAUGAUUUGCAACUUUAAAAACCUCAAACUAAGUGUAGUAGUGAGAAUCUGAAUGGAAAAACUUUCAACUUGGGAACAUGAUUUACAAUUCUGAUGGUGCCUCUUUGUUGGACGAGAAUCAUGUCUUGUGGAAGAUUAAAAAAUAAGUCAUAAAAAUUGGGCUGGAGGCGGCUGUUAGAGGUGGCCCAGGUCAUUUCAAUUAAAUUUAUAGAAUCUUAAUUACAUCAGCAUUGGGAUGAGAUUGACAGAUAUAGGAAAGCCACCUACAAAUUUCAAAGUUCAAAUAGUGAUUGUCGCUAUUUUAUUCCAUACCUGAUCUUUUGGUGCAUUAGAUUCCUCUUAUGAUAUUGCCACACUCACAAAUCAAUUAUCUACACUUUUUUACUGUUCUAAACAAUAGGGGAAAAAAACCACGCAUAUUGUUCAAGCAACUUAGUUGAACUGUUUAAAAUAUAUAAACCGAGAAUUAGUCACUUUUUCUUUUUUAAAUUCUUUCUAUAAGUUGAUAAAUAUAAACAAUUAUUUCUUGAAAAUAAUUUUGAAUUGAAAGUUUAGUGUGUGAGUUGGUGGUGCAAUUUUUUGGUUUUAGUUUUUAGUAAAAUUUCAUCUCAGUAAUGCUAAUUACCCCACCACCCACCAAACACAUGUUUGAGCAUAGUUGGCAACAGAUUCAUAAAUUCUGAUAAAAAGAAGAGCGUAUAGAAAAUGAAUGGAAUAAAAAUUUAAUACAAAUUCAGACACCUUGGGACGUUGAACUAAAUGACAAAUUGACAACACACACGUAAUUUAAUAGGUAUGUAAUGGACCAUAGAAAUGUGAUACAAAUUCUUAAACUAUUUUUUUUUUCAAAGAACC